GUCAAGCUGUACUUAAGCUGCUAAUUCUUAACUGUGAAGGAUGCUUUUCCUGGGCAAGGCGCUUUAGGAGAAAACACAAAUCAGUACUGCGACUGGUGACUAAGGAACGAUGAAGCACAGAGGACGGGGCGGGAUCACAGCUGCUAAUAAUACUUUCUUAUCCAAUGAAAAACAUUUCCUAUUGAGACCCCCAAGAGUUCCCCCUUCCCCCUGAUCCUGCAUAGACAUUGGCCCUUUUCUUGCAUUCUGUUUCCUAAGGCAUGAUGGCUGCAACAUUCAGAAGUUUUUCUCCCCUAACAAAGGAAUGGAGAUAACUUCUACUAGCUUCACGUUGUUAAGGAUGAACAACAAUUAGUAAAGCAGUAGAGCAGCAGAUUUUACCUAUGGGAUUAAACAAACUUUCAUUAAACAUGGAGAAAUCUAUGGACUGCCAGAGAGGAAUCUAUCUGAAAUCUGCUAACUAGGUAGCUGUCUGAAGACACGAUGUCUCUAAUCCUGUAUCUCUUGGGAUGACAAGACACCACAAAGAUGAGGCACCAGAACUUCAAGUUGCAACAUUAGAAUGUGUUUCAUAAGGAAGAGCGCACUUACUAACUUAUUUUAUGGAUGCCACUGAAUUCAGCUUUGAAGGGCACCAGAAGCACGUCACAAACCUGGAAUGGGAAAUCACAGCAAUAAUCAUACUUGUUUGACAGAUGAUUCCUUUAAAUACAACUUGUAUGGGGCUGUAUACAGUGUUGUUUUCAUCCUUGGCUUGAUCACAAACUGUGCCUCUCUGUUUGUUUUCUGCUGUCGAAUGAAAAUGCGAAGUGAAACAACCAUUUUCAUGACAAACCUUGCUGUUUCUGACUUGCUUUUCGUAUUCACUUUGCCUUUUAAAAUUUUUUAUAAUUUCAACAGGCACUGGCCUUUUGGGGACAGUCUGUGCAAAAUUUCAGGGACUGCAUUUCUCACCAACAUAUAUGGCAGUAUGCUGUUCCUCACUUGCAUUAGUGUCAGCCGAUUCCUAGCCAUUGUCUACCCAUUCAGAUCUCGUGCCAUUCGGACAAGAAAAAAUUCAGCCAUCGUGUGUGCAGGAGUCUGGAUAUUAGUUCUCAGUGGAGGAAUAUUAGCUUCAUUGUUCUCCACAACCAAUGUCUCUAACACUAGUACAACCUGCUUUGAGGGUUUUUCUAAAAUUGUUUGGAAGACCUAUUUGUCUAAGAUCACUAUAUUUAUUGAAGUGGUAGGAUUCAUAAUUCCUUUGCUAAUCAACCUCACAUGCUCUUCGCUGGUUCUGAGGACUCUCCGGAAACCUGCCACAUUAUCUCAGAUUAGGACAAACAAAGAGAAAGUACUAAAAAUGAUCAUUGUGCAUGUGACCAUUUUUGUAGUAUGCUUUGUGCCCUACAAUUCCAUACUUUUCUUAUAUGCUCUUGUGCGAUCUCAAGCCAUAGCAAACUGCUCCCUGGAGAGGUUUGCUAGGACAAUGUACCCAAUCACAUUAUGCAUUGCUACAAUGAAUUGCUGCUUUGACCCAUUCAUUUAUUACUUCACGUCAGAAUCUUUUCAAAAGUCUUUCAAUAUACACCCCCAAAUACAAAUGGACUCCCUUUCCAAGACUGAAACACCUCUAACAAUGAAGACUCCACUGCCUGCAAUACUGGAGGAAGUGAAUGACCAGCCUAUUACAAAUGGAAGUGAUCCAACAACUGAAUCACAUUUCUAAAGGCUUGUAAACACACAGAGUUAUUCCUGAUUAAUUAUCCCUGAUUCACGCCACAUCUGGACAUCCUUAUUCCAGAAUAAGAGUGCCUUGUUCCUGUUUAGCUUAACACAUUUGAAAAAAGACACUUUCAAUCUCCUGGAACAAAAGUGACCACAUGUGAAGUUAUUUGGAAAUUUCUCCAUGUGUAGAUAAAUCCAUCAGAUUACAGGUUUCUCAGUUUUGAGAACUCAAGAUAUGUAAACCCAGAUAGAUCUCUGUGGAGAUUAUGGAUGGAGGGAAUGCAGCUGAUACUUGCACUGAAAGAUACCAACAUUUGGUAUGUUUUCCUGGCAUUAAACAUGAGACCGGUCAGGAAAUAUGAAAAGUUUACCAUACUGUAGAAAUCUCAGUCAAUUUUUUCCAGUCUUUUGAAAAUACAUCAUAUGUUAACCCAGUUUCACACAUAUGUAUGUAUUAUUUCAAAUGUAAAAUAAAAACUUUCAGCUUUUCUACACGUGUAUAUUCUGGGUUUGCUAGACACGGGGGGAUUAAAAUGACAGUAGGUAUUGGGCUGGUUUGGAGCUUAAUUAGUUCUCUUACAUAAUGCAGUAAAUGGUUGUACUAAUAAAAGGAAAGAGCAAAUAAUUAAAGGACUUAAAUAUACAGUCAUGUGCAAGAUGCUGUAUUCUUUUGAGCUGCAUGAUUAAGUUUCCUUUCAACUGAUUUUAACAUUGUAUUAAACAUCAACCAUAGAUAAAAGAAAGCAUGUUUACAGACUUGUUAAGAUUGGUGUUUCCACAUCCCACACUGUUACUGCCAAAGACCAGCCCUUCCCCAGCACAGACAGCUCAAAGGAAAGACAUGAUCCCACAGAGUUCUUGCACCUCCAUCUUUCUUAAUCACAUUGAUACUACACAUUUUCUGGUUGAUGGUGUUAGUCUAUUUCUAACUACCUGGGAUAAAGACAGACUACAGUGAACAGAAAAGAGAGACUUCUUUUUAACCAUUUGUUUUAAUUCUUACAUGUUGAAUCUUCUGUGACAUACAAACAACCCAUUAGGUCUAAUUACAUUAUUAAAUGGUUAGUGUUUAAAUGCUUACUAACUGCAAAAAAAAAAAAACACUUUGAAAAUAAUACUUAUUUAGCAGUACCAUUGUUGUGGUUGAAAGAAACAGUCCUACACUGAGCAAGACAAACCGACUCUAUAGUUCAAUAUAUUUUAAGCUCUUAAAUUACUAUAACACCUGACUUCUAGCACUCAGGUAAAGAAUGACUAUAUGAUAGAUUGUAUAUAGGGAAUUUCACAAUCCAAACAACAGAGUGGCUUUGUGUUACAGCCAUCUUGACUAGAAACUGACAUCUUGUACUGGGAUUUACUGCUGCAUAAGUCUCAGGGCAACAGUGGGCAGUCAGCAUUUCCAGACAAGAAAGCAAACAUGACAACAAGAACAGAUUAUUCUAGCCACUUGGGAGUGUAAGUUAAUAGCUGGAGCAGGUGGCAGGGCAGGGUACACCAGCAUUGCCCUGGUGAACUCAUUGAUGCUUUGAGGCAACCCAAAUGAUAAAAUUAAUUGGCAUUUUACGAAGUUGCAGGGCUUACUCAGCAACCAUCCAUCAUGCCUGCUUUGCAUUGCCAAACCCACCGUCAAAUACCAAACAUGCAUUCAAUUUUAACCAGAUUGUUUUGCUCCCCCUCGACAAAAUACUUGGAUCUAUAUAGGAACAUGUGUGCUCAAGGAGGAGAUUGUUCCUGCAAUUCAAUACAGCCCAUUUAGUCUUAUGCCAAAUGGAUGAGAGGUUCCUCCUUCCAUCCUCACUUCAAUACCUGCACAGAAUCAUUUACAAGAUUUCUGAAAUCUCUUUCCUUUGGGCGAUGAACCUGUUUCAAUACUUGCCAUAAGUUAUAUGCAUUUCAAAGAAGCUGCUCCCAUCACUUCACAUCAAACCACAAUAUGUGGCAAGUGAUCUCUUUGUGGCAAACUGUCACUCCUAAGCACUGACAAGGAAGCGGUCGGAUCUGUCAAAUCAAUAACAAGUCUGGCAGCUCCUCCCAUUAACUGGCUUUUGAAUGUUGAUACCUAAAAUGUAUGAACUGAUGAGGAAGAACGUCAUUGUUCAUGGGAGUAGAUGGAACAAAGAAUGAAAAGGGAAAGGGAUAUAAUUGGAAUCUACAUUGCUGAAAUAAUGAUGAAUCAAGCCAUUUUCCACUGAAGAAGGGAAAAUAUCAUGGUGAAUGGGUAAGCUGAGAUCUCAGGGGUAGGAUCCAUUUAUAUUACAGUAUUAUUUUAGUCUUAGAAAACAGAAACUACUAAGUCAAUGCCAGCUCAUUCUUAAUCGUAAGAUUUUACUUUCCCCUUGUGAUGCUCUGUGCUUUAAAUCUACUUUGUACAUUCGUGCAAUAAGCAUAAACCCCACAAUUCUUCAAUUACAUGGGGGUAGUUGGGAUGUUCUUGGGCCAAAAUCUGUCCUAAGCUAAUGAAGGCAAGGGAGUUUUAUUGGUGUAUGUGAGAACAGAACUUGGCUCGCUAUGUUGAAGUUGACUACAAAGGAGUAUCUUGUUAUCAAUGAUCUUGGAAAACCUCACACUUGAUUCAAGUCUACUCUUCUACUAGUUAAAUUUGCAAUUCUUUUAAAACCUAGAAACCACUGUCUAGCCUUCUUAAGGAAACGUUAAAAGAGGAGGGAAAGAACUGUAUGUGACUGGAUACUAUCCAGGCUGUAGAUGCAUAGCUUAACUGUAAUGCUAGCAUAAUGGUUGUCUUUUUCUAAGUGAAACUAGUGCCAAUGCUUACAAAUUUCUGUUUGCAGUUUUAUGGAGUGAGAGCUGUGGUUGAUAUUCUCACAUAAAAUGUAAUACUAUCAUCAUGUGCCAAAAUGGUAACUGAAAAGAUUCAUUAUUUUGUAAUUUAAUACUUUAUAAGUUUAUAUGGAGAUCAUAUGUUGACUGACACUCACAUCUGGUAGGACAAUUUUUGACUGAUUUUUUUUUUCUACGUCAGGUAGACCAAAUAAAUGCCUGUAUGGUUUGUAUAUAAGUAACCAAUUAUGCAUUGAAAGAGAGGAAUAUAAUUUUUCAGAUGCUAGUAAGCAAGGAUGGAAAGAACUCUGGUAGCAAAUGAAAAAGUUGAUUCUGUUUGCCUGGAUAACUUGCACCUGGGUCCUUCCCCUUCGCCCCUCCCCGCACCCC